AUGCCGUCUUCUUCGUUGGCCCUCACGCCGGGCCUGGGGUCAUUCCUCAAGUGCCUCAAGACAAACCCGAUUGAUACUUCUAUUGAGACACUGAUUUCAUUGCUCAAGCGACGCCAAAUUCGCCAUUCGCGAUCAUGUGCCACAGCAACCGCCUAUCUGCUACGGAGUGUGAUCUCUGCAUGUCGCACAACAGAUUCAGCAAGGCUUAUUGAGCGAGUGCAGAGUGUGGGCAGGCGACUGAUGGCCGCGCAACCGCGCGAGAUGGUUGUGGGCAAUAUCGUGCGCCGGGUUCUGGGUCUUAUUCGUGACGAAGCGGAAGAUGAUCGUGAGGCAGAGUUCGCUCUUAGCGACAUUGGUUCCGAAAGUCAGCCACAAACACCCCGAGCUUACGACGCAUUGCCUUUGGAUCGUGACUCGCCCUCCAUCCGGCCCGAUGAUAGAUCCUCUCGCCCUCCUCUGACCUCUAUGUUCAGUCUUCUCUCCCAUCCCGAACCCGAGCACUCACUUCCCAGUACUCCGGGUACUUCCUCUCCAACCGGACGGCUCCUUGGCCACGGCCCAACCAAAGACGUACGGGCUGAAGUGCUCGAGGGUAUUGGCGAGAUCAUUGAUGAGCUUGGCCAGGUGGAUGAUCAGAUCGCCGCCUAUGCAUUGGACCACAUUCACUCCAACGAAAUCAUCCUCACCCACACAUCCUCGACCACCGUUCAAAAGUUCCUGCUGAAAGCCGCAACAAAGCGAAAGUUCACCGUCAUUCACGCCGAGUCGUACCCGAAUAACCACGAGGCUACACAUGCCACCGUCAGUGGUAGCGCUAGCGAUGAUGACAACCUUGGCUUAGAAGCUUUCCAGAAGCCACUGAUCGAACAUGGCAUCACCGUCAUCCUCAUUCCAGACUCUGCCGUCUUCGCUAUCAUGUCCCGAGUCAAUAAGGUCAUCCUCGGAACACACUCCGUCCUUGCCAACGGCGGCCUCGUCGCCGCAGCUGGCACCCGUGUCAUCGCCCGUGCCGCCAAGGUCCACCAGACCCCCGUCGUGGUCGUGAGCGGUGUUUACAAGCUCAGCCCUGUCUAUCCAUUCGACUUCGACUCGCUCAUUGAAUACGGUGACCCGAGUAAGGUUCUCUCAUACGAGGAAGGUGAUCUCGUCGACUUGGUCGAUGUCCAAAACCCCAUCUAUGACUACGUUCCCGCAGAGCUCGUCGAUCUUUACAUCACUAACAUCGGCGGCCAUGCCCCAUCAUACCUUUACCGCAUUGUUUCGGAUCACUACCGCAAAGAAGAUAUCAGCUUCUAA